UUCCCACUUUGUUCUCGUCACGUCUACCCUCCGAGGUGGCGCCCUUCUUCUCCUCCUGCUCCUUCUCCUUCUCUUUCCUCGCGCGUUCGUUCAAGAAAGCAUGCAAAUGGAAGAGGGCAAAGCUCGCCCCUAGAGAGGGGCUCCAGAUCAUUCGCGGGCGCGUUUCUGUGAUCGUCCCGCCGACACCCAUCUCUUUUCCGCCUUCAAGUUUCUUGAUUUCCCGGUAAAGGUUCGAUUUUUUUUUUUUUGGACACGCCCGCGUCGGUUGGUCGCUCGUUUCGUGAGGCGGCUUGUUGGAUCCGGCAUUUCCACGUUCGUCCCCCGAUUUUUCGUGGGUUCUCGAUUCUCUUGUCGUUAGGACGUCCCAAUCUUGAUCCUGAGGGAUAUUUGACUUAAGGGGACGUGGCCGUUGUGGAUCAACGAACAGCAGCAGCAGCAGGAGGAAGAAGAAGAAGAUAAAAAAGCCAUUUGGGUUUUACGUGGCGAAGGUGAUUCUUUUUACCCUCUACCUUUUUGGAUGGUGAUCAAGACAAAGUCGUGAGGGAAUUCAAAUUGGAUGAAAUGAGAAGAGAAGCGAGAGACUGGCAAUGUGAGAAGGAAUAGAAAUGAGAGUCAAAAGUGGGCCGGUCAUUUUCGCGAUUCUGCUAUGUGCAUUGGCCACUGGGAGCUCGGAAGGCAAGAGAAAAGCUGGGCACGAACUUCUCGGAAAUGGAGGCGCUUCAUCGCCACCGCAGACGAGUUCCUACACGACAGAGCAAGCAUGGAUUGACUGCGAGAAUGAACUGAUGGCCAGGGCAGAGGUGAUUCAAGAUUUUGACAUAUACGUACUGCGGGAGGCAAUCCAUGGCCUUAGAUCAAUCAAAGGAAACAUGGACAGAGCCUCGAGAAUCCUGCCGCCCGAUGUGAAACGCAUGCUCUUGGAUUGCUUAAGAGAGAACAAUCUCCGAGCACGCACUUCCAAUGGGGAGCCGAACACGAGGAACUGGUUCAUGGAGUGCAUGGAGUUUCUCUUCUAUGGACCAAAUAUUCCUCGGAGAAAUCUGGUAAGCAGGUCACAUCACCAGAUAACAUCAACCAAUAUACUAGCAUCAGCUCCAUCAACAUCUCCACGUAAAAAUAUCGUGCCAAGUCCUGCUCCAACUCCAUCUCCGAACCAAAAUGUGGCAAUAAGCCCUUCUCCGUAUUCUGCAACAGAAUCUCCGAGUACCAGUCCAGCUCCAACUAAUCUUGCUCCAACCAUUUCUCCGUCCCCAAAACCACAAGCACUCGUGGAGUCACCAGAGGAGCCAUCUUUACCGCCAGAUACAAGUGAGUCACGGGAGCAACCACCAACUAGUGAAAUUCUACCUAUAAGGACACAUGUUGCUCCAAGCCAUACUCCUAAGAAAGAUGAUCACAAAUGGAUGAAAAGUGCAAUAGCUGCCGGGUGUACAGCAGCUGGGACGCUAUUUGUUGUCGCACUGAUCUUAUUAUGCUGUUCCAAGGGCAGGAACAAGAAAGUUGAUCCCAGAGCCGGACAAAAAGAUGAUAGACCUCUUCUAAACUUGAGCUUGAGUGAUUUCUCUGCAGGUUCUUCCCAAAAAUCCUAUAGCGUUGGAAAUUCAAGCGGUAAACAACUGAGUUCUAAUAGUGGAAAGACCCCAUCCUUGGCGAGUCAUCUUUCCAUAGUAUCCAACCAUCAUGAUUCGUCGCAGCCUGAAGUAUCUUCCCUGGAAACAACUGGAGUAGUACCGCUUCCUCCAUUGAAGCCACCGCCUGGAAAAUCAGUUCAAUCACCUCCUGGACCACCACCGCCACCACUUCUCAAUCCGCGGCCUCCACCACCUCCAAAAGGUGGUCGCCCUCCACCACUACCUCCUAAAGGAGCUUCACCUCUUAGACCCAACCAGCAGGAUGACCACGAUGCAGAAUCUGACGCCCCCAAAACCAAGUUGAAGCCAUUUUUUUGGGAUAAGGUCCUAGCAAAUUCUGAUCAGACAAUGGUCUGGCAUGAGAUCAAAUCUGGGUCCUUCCAGUUCAAUGAGGAGAUGAUGGAGUCAUUAUUUGGAUAUAGCACUGUGGAUAAGAACAAAACUGGCCGUAGAAAAGAACCAUUAUCACUGGAAACUCCUCAGUAUAUUCAAAUUAUUGAUACGAAAAAAGCGCAGAACCUCUCAAUUCUACUACGAGCACUUAAUGUGACAACAGAGGAAGUCUGUGACGCCCUUCAAGAAGGUACUCAGCUUCCGGUGGAGCUUCUCCAGACUCUUGUAAAAAUGGCUCCAACUGCAGCAGAGGAACUGAAACUCCGAUUGUUUAGUGGUGAAAUGUCUCAACUUGGCCCUGCAGAGAGGUUUUUGAAGGUAUUGGUUGACAUCCCACACGCUUUCAAGCGAGUGGAAACACUACUAUUUAUGAACUCCGCUCAGGAAGAAGUAUCCAGCAUCAAAGAAUCCUUAACAACUCUAGAGGUCGCCUGUGGUAAACUCAGAGAUAGCAGACUGUUCCUUAAACUCUUGGAAGCAGUCCUCAAGACCGGUAACCGCAUGAAUGAUGGGACGUAUAGAGGUGGUGCGCAGGCAUUUAAGCUUGACACACUAUUGAAAUUGUCUGAUGUCAGGGGAAAGGAUGGUAAAACCACCCUUUUGCAUUUCGUCGUUCAGGAGAUCAUUCGUUCUGAAGGAAUUCGGGCUGCUCGAUCUGCAAGCGAGAGCCAAAGCAUGUCUAGUGUUAGAUCAGAAGAUCUCAUGGACGACUCAAACCAUGAUUCAGCAGAACAUUAUAGUGCUCUUGGGCUGCAGGUGGUUUCUGGAGUCAGCAACGAACUCAAAGACGUGAAAAAAGCUGCCGUAAUUGAUGCUGAUGGUUUAUCGGCUUCAGUAGCAAAGCUGGAGGUCUCACUUGCAAAGACUAAACGGUUCCUCAACACCGAGAUGGAGAGCAUGGAGGAAGAAAGCAAAUUCCGUGACUCACUCACCAGUUUUGUCGAGUGUAUAGAAGGUGAUGUUGCAUGGAUAUUGGAGGAAGAAAAGAGGAUAAUGGCUUUGGUGGAAAGCACGGCAGCUUACUUCCAUGGAAGCACGGGGAAAUCAGAAGGUUUACGUCUCUUUGUAAUCGUACGUGAUUUCUUGAUAAUGUUGGAUAAGGCCUGCAAAGAAGUGAGAGACUCGGGGAUGAAGACAGUUAAGACUUCCAGAACAGAGACACCAACUGCAUCACCUUCACGAGAAAACCAUCAGCCAUCACCAGAUAUCCGGCAGCGACUAUUUCCAGCAAUUUUAGACCGACAGAUGUAUGAUUCUAGUUCAGAUGAUGAGAGCCCGUCUCCAUAGUUUUAUAUUGGUUUGCUGGUCUUUAUUCAAUGAGAAGUUGGUGGAAUUCUAAGUAUAGUCAUCUUUUACUUGUAAGAGAAGCGAGUUGAACAGACGAUGCAGACUUAUGCAUUCAAACUCACUGAAACUGAUUCUAAUAUAGGCAGCUUUUCAGCUUUAA